AUGCCACCUGGCACGUACACCCCAGCCCGGCCGGGCCGAGUCCAGCGUUUCUCCUUGGCCACGUCCCAGGCCAGCUCGGGCGCCUUCUUCACCAAUGCCAACAGCUACUCCACCACCACCACCACCAGUAACGUGGGCGUCAUGAAUUUCUCCACCAGCGCCACGGUGGGCACCAACAUGCAGGCGCAGACCCCCCAGAGGGCCAGCAGCGUCCCCAGCUCGGACUCUCUGCAGACCCCGGUGUCGGGGGUGGCCCUGCAGCCGGGCCAGCAGAAGGAGGGCGAUCAGAGUCAGCAGUCACAGCAGCAGCAGCAGCAGCAGCAGAUCCUGAUCCAGCCGCAGCUGGUCCAGGGAGGGCAGACAAUCCAAGCCCUCCAGACCACCCCGCUGUCCGGCCAGACCUUUGCCACUCAAGCCAUCUCCCAAGACACCUUGCAGAACCUGCAGCUCCAAGCCGUGCCCAACUCCGGGCCCAUCAUCAUCCGCACGCCCACGGUGGGUCCCAACGGGCAGGUGAGCUGGCAGACCAUCCAGCUGCAGAACCUGCAGGUGCAGAACCCGCAGGCGCAGACAAUCACGCUGGCCCCCAUGCAGGGCGUGUCGCUGGGCCAG